CUACCAAUGUAUAUUUAAAAUCAUCUUUCAUGAAUGCAAGGCCCUAUUACAUUACAGUUUUCGAAGCAAUUACUUUUACAUAAUUACAACCCGGUUCGAUGGCUUUUUCUCUAGGGUGGGGAGAGGGUUGGUAGAGGCCACAAAAUUAACACUGAAUUAUAAAUAGAAUCGGCUGCACUAGUUUUCUUUACCGACCAAUGGCAGGGAAGGAUCUCUAAUCGUUGAGGAAUGACUAAAUUUCUUCAGUUCCGAUCUCUCCGAAGACCUCCGAAAGUCUCCGAAAAAGAAGGCAUGUACUGAUUUAGGAAUUUUGAACGUGAGGGCUCUAGGCGCCAGCGGAAAGGGCGGUCAGCGGAGUAUUGCCUGAGAGCACGUGGGCGAAUCACCAACAUGGCGGACGGAGAGGACGUCUCGAAGAAAGUCAAAGAAAUUAAAGACAAAACCAAAGCUGUUCUAGAAAGCGACACCAAUUCAAACUUCAUUGUGGACAUACUGGAACUAUCAGAAACUCAAGACGAGAAAGUUUUGGUAGCAUUUGUGAGAUCAGCUCAUAAAAUCUUUACAACCUUUUCGUCCCGUGGAAAGUUACAUCGGCAAACAAAACAAAAGCGAGCAACGAAAGAGGUCAGAGAAGAAACGAGUUCAGAUCCCCAAGAUGUCUUCAGCUACUGGCUACACGAAAAAUAUUUGCUUACGUUAAGACGGCUUCUGAAUUUACUUCGCAUCGGAUCGCAGAACGUGAAGGAAUUUGCCCUGUGUACCUUGAUGAAGUUUCUUGUGGAAGAAGCAAAACAAGUCCAGAAAUUUCCUAAUGUUCUGUUCAGACAAACUUGCGAUGCUUUGUUCGAUGGAAAGUACAGCAUGAAAGACUGUAUCGAAAGAUUCGCUGAGUAUUUAGAGUAUGAUGAUGUUAGAUUUUAUGUGCUUAAAAAUCUCGGAAAAAUUCUUGGAGACACUUCGAAUUCCACUGGUAGUCAGGCCCAAUAUCUUGUGGAAAACGUCUUUGCAAUGCUGAAUUUGGUAAAAAUGAAAGAAAAAGAUGAAGAACUGAACAAUCUACUCACUGAAAUUAAGAGAAGUAAAAAGCGUGGCAGUGACAAAAUUGAAAACAAUGUUUUGGACUUGAAGCAACACAGGAACGUUUUCACCGCUGUCUGGAUUGCUUUUCUUGCCCUCCCACUGACAUCAGAAAUUCACAAGAAAGUCUUGCUCAACCUUCACAGUGAUGUAUUGCCGCAUUUGACUGAACCAAAGCUGUUAAUGGAUUUCUUAACCGACUCUUACAACACUGGUGGAGUGACGAGCCUCUUAGCACUCAACAGCCUCUUUGUUCUCAUCCACAAACACAACCUGGACUACCCAGACUUUUUCAAGAAGCUGUAUGCACUUUUUGGGCCGAACAUCUUUUACGUGAAGUACCAAGCAAGGUUUUUUCACUUGGCUGACCUGUUUCUGAUGUCAACCCAUCUUCCAGCUUAUCUGGUUGCAGCCUUUGUCAAGCGGUUGUCGAGGCUUGCUCUGUCUGCUCCCCCAUCAGGUGCAAUGUUGGUCAUACCAUUUGUCUGCAAUCUGAUCAAAAGGCAUCCCAGUGUACAAGUCCUUAUCCAUCGAAAACAAAGAGGAAAAUUGUUGCUUGAUGAAGGUACAGAUGAGAGCACCACCAGUCUAUGCCAAGGCGACCCAUUUAUUGCUGAUGAACAAGACCCUGCCAAAUGUGAUGCCAUGAAGAGCUCGCUGUGGGAGCUGAAAACGUUGCAGAGUCAUUUCUACCCCACUGUGGCCUCCCUUGUGGAAAUGCUGGAGAAGCCACUUGGUGCAGAAGAAACAGACAUCUCAGAGUACUUUGAUCAAGGGUAUGAUCAGUUGUUCCAAAAAGAAUGCAAAAAGAUCACAACACAGAAUGCACAUUUGGAGUUUCAAGCUCCCAAGGGAAUUAUUAGUAAAAGGAUGUCAGACCACUGGGUUUUGGAGUAAACUGUUCAAUUGGUAGAAGUUCAUCUUUGUUUCACGGAACACUGUUGUUAGACAUUCAAGCAAUCUGUUGUGAUUUCACAGUGAGUGAAUUUGAAAAGCACAUGCAAGUAGUAUACUUUAAAAAGUAAUCAGUUAAUAUAGACUACAAACAGCCUGUCCUCUGCUUAGUCUGUUGAGCAAGACCAUAAAUAAACCACAAGGGAAAAAAGGCCUCAUAACGCACUUCUCGUCCUCAGGAUUUUGUGUGGCAACACAACAAACUAAGUGAAAGAAGGACUACUCGUAGUCUACAGUGAAUGCAACAACCUCUCCAAAGUUGGCGAAGCAAUGAAAACAGGGAUAAAAGCUCAAUUUUCAAAGUGCUUACCUUCUGGGCAAAUGACCUUGCGAAGUGCACCACGACUGCAUAAUUUAUACUUUCCCAAUAGGUUUUAAACUCCAUUGGCCAAGUACAGCUGUAGGUGACUGCUAAUUUCCAUUCAUCCCUGUUGGAAGUGACUAUGCUUCACAUACUAGCAUAUGUGUAAGGGCUAGAUUUAGCUUUUGUUUUUGUCAACAUGCCAAAGUAGGUCACCAAGUGGUAAGGAAAUAUUUGAGAGGUAUUGCUAAUUGUCUUUUCUUUUUUUGAGUGGGAGGGGGUAGGGGGAAUAUUUUUCCUUCUCUUUGGGGAGGGAAAGAAUAAGGAAUGUUAUGUUUCAAAGAAGGGUUCAGCUUAUGUUUUCAACAGAGUUUUGCUUCAGAUAAAUUAGGGUUCGUAUUAAAGUACUGCUUGGUAAUUUAUCAAAAUAUGGAAACGUUAUGAAAUACAGAACAAUAUCUAACACCAUCAAAAUUCUCAUCAAUAAUCUGUAAAGAUUUUGGAAAAAUACACUUUGCCACGGUUAAUGCCUUUUAUGGUCACGUGGUUCCAGCGUUCGUCUCAGAUACGUCCCUGAAAUGAAUUGGCCGUGAAGGCCUGAGAGAAAAUCGCACAGGAACUACUGUAGGUAACAAAGUACAUACAGAACAGGCUUUCAAGCGUUAUAAAAAGUUGGCGCAUUUGACAAGAAUUUUCACAUCUGAUAAUCUUGAGGCUCCCGUUUUGUGUUCUGGGAUUCGGUGCGUUUGUUCAGAUAUUUUCGUUUUUUUGGUCUCCUUAAUGUUAAGACUUUAAUGUUUUCAGGACUUUGUAAACUGUAAUGGCUAAGUACUGCAUGUUUUACUGACUUUACGUUUGGUACAAUGUUUCAACUUUUUAUGACAAAAUUGUGGGUAGCACAUCGAGAAAUUGUUUAUGUGGAUCUAGUGUGUGGACACUGCAUUGCCAGCUGCCUCUAAUGAAGUUUAAACCACGCACUUUUUGUUUGAAUUCUCAACGAUUCCUUUUAGAGUGCUCGAUUAAGGGUGCCCUCCAAUUACAUCCACGUGGGAAGAAUCCAUGUGCUUCAAUAAAUAAAGGAAGGAGCUGACAAGAAGGUCGUAAACAGGAACUUGAAGAAACUUGAUAGUUUCAUUUUAUUUCCCAGCUUGUCUCAUUAUUAUUCAGUUAAGAUAACCUAGCUUUAUGAUAAUGCCAACUACAGGACAAUUGUUGAAUUAAGAGCUUCUACUGUUAGUUAGUAAGCUAACUUUCUAUUGGUUGCUGAAGAAUUAUACGUCAGUAAUUCGCCAGUGAAAACACAACGGCAAAGUUUGUUUAAUGACAACCGAUCAAGCUCGAGGAAAUUUCAUUAGCAAAGAAGCUAGUGUUUUUUUCCUGUGAGAUUCGUUCACUGCUGUGACGAGAAUGCCUUUUUUUCCAAUUGGAAAUAUUUCGGGCGCUUGAAAAAUUUUUGCCGUUAGCUUCCGUCUCUUGGAACUGUCUCGUAACGGGCUGUGGACUGAAAAAGAAAUAUGUGCUUGCAUUGGAGGCUUGUAAAUGAUGAACUAACUGGAAGCAGUGGGAAGAUGAGAAUUUACUGAAAAGUCUUACAGUGUAAGCUUUCUCUUGCUGUUGCGUGGUUCAUAUCGAGUUGGAUUCGGAUAAAUUUAAUGCUCAAGAGUAGAACUUUAACAUGGGGACUUCGCAAAGCACUUGGAGAGUCACAAAUAAAGUUCCGAAGCGAAGACAAUCAAGUGCGGUGAAGAAUGGAUCUCUCGUGCGGGGACAUAAAUUUAAAAGUGAAAGUAAUUUACUGGACGAGGUGCGCACAAAAAACGUUCAAACGAAUCCUUUGUAUCGACAUCACGAUAUAUUCGAUAACGAUUUAUUUUUUGAAGAAAUCUUGGCCAAGAUAGAGCAAGAGGCCGCCAAAUUGUCAAACUCGGAUAAACACAGCGAUAAUCCAAAGGGGUUUGACUCCUUUAUGCUGUAUUGAUUUGAGACAAGUUUGUGGGAAGUUCUCCUUUAAAUCCACGCCAUCGAGGCAAAAUAUGGUAAUAUCAUGGUUGCUGUACGUUCCGAACUCCUGCCGAGAAGUGAAAUAGUUAUAUUUUGCUUAAUAAUGUGAACUUUUUACUACAGAUUUUAAAGGCCUGUAUUUUAUUGCCUCGACUUACUUUCGAAUGGGAGCGAAAUUUAUGUGGAACACGUUGUUACAAAUAAAAGAAAAUUGCCAGAGAAAAUUUCUGACAGCUUAUGAAGAACGAGUGCGUGUAUGCACAUUGUGCGAAGGCUGUGAAAAGACUUAUUUGUCAAUAAUUUUAGUGACAAACUGCUGAUAAAUUGUCAAGUUAUCAGAAUUGUUCAGUUUUGCUUAACGAUUGCGACAAUCUUUAGACUUAGAGACCAGAGACAACAGAUGAACAUGAAAUAUAUUCAAAAUAUACGAUAUAUCUUGGCAAAAAAAAGCUGUAUUUUAUAGUCUAGACAGUGCAUUAGUUUUGGUUACAGAACUUGGCACCACCUGCCAAUAAAUUAUUCAUUCUCGUAAUAUUUUUUAACAUGACAAUGCUGUAUGGACUUCGGAGUCAGCUCGGAGUCUUUCAAUAUGGGUUUAUAUAAUAAAGAUUAUUCUAACUUUU